AUUUUUAAUAGAGAUGGGGUUUCGCCAUGUUGGCCAGGCUAGUCUUAAACUCCUGACCUCAAGUGAUCCACCCGCCUCGGCCUCCCACAUUGCUGGGAUUACAGGCAUGAGCCACCGCACCCGGCCAGUAGAACUCUUUAAACCUAAACAAUCAGUCAGCUUUGCAGAGUAGAGGAUGUUGAAGACCCAUGUGUUUUUUUUGUUGUUGUUGUUUUUCUUUCUUUACCAACUAUGCACCUUUUAGACACCUGAGAGUAAUGUCUGUGAAACAGUGGUCUUCUUUUUCUACAUAUUAUAGCGGGAAGUGUUUCUGUUUAUGUACUGUCUGUAUCAAUACUAAUGGAGGCAUGAUAAGCAAAAUUUUAAACUUUGGUAGUUAAACCUCUAUGCGCCUCCCCUCUGAGCGGCCGGCCAGCUGUGGGGAUGUGCUUCUCCCUUAAGGACUUUGGGAAGAAUAACAAGUUCAUUGGAAUUUGACUUUCUGACAUGGAGCAGAUGGCCUUGCCCUGUCAUGCCAGGCCUUUCAUGUGAAGUUACCAUUUAUCAGCUACUUCUAUCUCUCCAGGGAAGGAUUUCCCUUUGAUAGGCCUGGGCCAGGAGGAUGAUGGUGAGAUUCCCCAUGUGAUACCAGAGUUGGAAUAGGCUGUAGUGAGAUUAGGGCCAGGACUGUCCCAUUUUGAUUCUUGAACUGUUUCUGUUACUACUUGUCAUGGGGAAAAAGUAACACUUUUUUUUUUUCCUUCCUUAGAAGACAAAAAUACUAAUGCAUUUGAGAAAGCGGUAGUUUUGGGGGGAGGGGGAAAAAGCAACUGCUUUCCUGAUCUGCAACUUGGCUGGAUGCUAAGAUGUCAGUGGACAUGAAUAGCCAGGGGUCUGACAGCAAUGAAGAGGACUAUGACCCAAAUUGUGAGGAAGAGGAAGAAGAAGAGGAUGAAGACCCUGGGGACAUAGAGGACUAUUACGUGGGAGUAGCCAGCGAUGUGGAGCAGCAGGGGGCUGAUGCCUUUGAUCCCGAGGAGUACCAGUUCACUUGCUUGACCUACAAGGAAUCUGAGGGUGCCCUCAAUGAGCACAUGACCAGCUUAGCUUCUGUCCUAAAGGUAUCUCAUUCAGUUGCUAAACUUAUAUUAGUUAAUUUCCACUGGCAAGUUUCAGAGAUAUUGGACAGAUUCAAGUCCAAUUCUGCUCAACUGCUUGUUGAGGCUCGAGUUCAGCCUAAUCCAUCAAAACAUGUUCCCACAUCCCAUCCCCCUCACCACUGUGCAGUGUGUAUGCAGUUUGUGCGAAAGGAAAACCUACUCUCUUUGGCCUGUCAGCACCAGUUUUGCCGCAGCUGCUGGGAGCAGCACUGCUCAGUUCUCGUCAAGGACGGCGUGGGCGUGGGAGUCUCUUGUAUGGCUCAGGACUGUCCACUCCGUACACCAGAGGACUUUGUGUUUCCAUUGCUUCCCAAUGAAGAAUUGAGAGAGAAAUACAGGCGCUACCUCUUCAGGGACUAUGUGGAGAGUCAUUACCAGCUCCAGCUGUGCCCUGGUGCAGACUGCCCCAUGGUUAUUCGGGUACAAGAGCCUAGAGCUCGCCGAGUACAGUGCAAUCGGUGCAACGAGGUCUUCUGUUUCAAGUGUCGUCAGAUGUAUCAUGCACCCACAGACUGCGCCACGAUCCGGAAAUGGCUCACGAAGUGUGCAGACGACUCUGAAACAGCCAACUACAUUAGUGCUCACACUAAAGACUGUCCCAAGUGCAACAUCUGCAUUGAGAAGAAUGGAGGCUGCAAUCACAUGCAAUGCUCCAAAUGUAAACACGACUUCUGCUGGAUGUGUCUAGGAGAUUGGAAGACUCAUGGCAGUGAAUACUAUGAGUGUAGUCGUUACAAGGAGAAUCCUGACAUUGUGAACCAGAGUCAACAAGCCCAGGCAAGGGAAGCCCUCAAGAAGUACUUAUUCUACUUCGAGAGGUGGGAAAACCACAACAAAAGCUUGCAGCUUGAGGCACAGACAUACCAGCGGAUUCACGAGAAGAUUCAGGAGAGGGUCAUGAACAAUCUGGGGACAUGGAUCGACUGGCAGUACCUACAGAAUGCUGCCAAGCUCUUGGCCAAGUGUCGAUACACCCUGCAGUACACCUACCCAUAUGCAUAUUACAUGGAGUCUGGACCCAGAAAGAAGCUGUUUGAAUACCAGCAGGCUCAGCUGGAGGCUGAGAUCGAAAACCUCUCAUGGAAAGUGGAGCGUGCAGACAGCUAUGACAGAGGGGACUUGGAGAACCAGAUGCAUAUAGCGGAGCAGCGGAGGAGAACCCUGCUGAAAGAUUUCCAUGACACCUAAGUUGGGAUGUGGAUGUGCCGGGGUGAGGAAGAUGUGGCCGCAAGGUCUCCCGGCUGCCGUACUGCAUGCUGCAGGCUCUGCCUUUCAUGACCCCAGGCGACAGCCAGAGCCCCACUCCUGAGAGACACUGGCAACACUUCUUAGUUGAUUUCUGUUUUCUUCUCUUUUCACUUUUUGUUUCUACCAGGGUAGAGGCCGUGUUGAACUGGCCUCUUUUCAGGACUUUUGUUUCCCCCUGGAUGGUUGUUGGGAGGGAGGGAAAGUGUUUUCUGAAUGGCUAUUAAUAGUAUUAGAUCAUUACAACUUAUGUAACUUUCAAAGAUUGUACAAUUAUACCAAAAAAAAAAAAAAAAGGCAAACUAUAGGAUAACAGAGAGCCCUUUUUGAAAAUAAAUUGGCGUUGGAGUGUUUUACCCUCUAGCUGUUUUACUUAGAAUGUAACAUAUGCUGCCUACCCACCUGAAAAUGUCUGUACUGCAAGAGGGCCCUGGGCCUCUGCUUUCCAGAUUCACAUUUGUCUGGCCAGAGUUGGAGUCCCAAAGGAAGAGCAUGGGUGGCAGAUGGUAGGGAAUUAAACUGGCCUGUGCAGUGGGCACAGAGCACAAGGAGUCACAGCAUGCCUCCUGCCUAACCAUGGCGGUACGGAGACAGUUCAGAACAUGGUCUUCUUGCCACAGGGUGUUGUUGUCUCUGGUGGUGCUGCAUGUCUGUGGCUCACCUUUGUUCUUGAAACUGAGGUUUACCUGGAUCUGGCUACUGAGGCUAGAGCCCACAGAAGAUGGGGGUGGGCCUGUGGCCCCUCAAACUAGGGGGUAUAGGUUCAUCACAGCAUUUCCUUUUGUCUCCUAAAGAUAGGGAUCUACUUUUGAAGGGAAUUGUUCCUCCCAAAUAAAUUUGCUUUACCUUGGUCCUUUCUUUUGUGCCAGUAUUCAAGUGGUAUAGCUCUGAGCAGGGUCACAUUUGGCCAAACCUGACACUGUCUUGCUGCACUCUCCUUUGGCAAACAUCAGGGUCAGAAUUCAGGAUAGCCUUCCCUAGGGCACUGGCCUUUCUGGCACGGGGACCACGUUUUCACAGGUUAUUUUCAUGUUACCUGGAGCGUGUCCAGAGGCUGCUCUGAGGCUGAGGUGUAUUCCCCCUUGCCUGGUUCCAGCUGUCAGAGGGAUACCAUCCUAGGGUCUGGGAGUCCAAGGCCAUGGGACUCCUUGGUUUGUGGUCCCAGAUCCUGUACUAAGAAGGGUCUGGCCAGAGGAACAGACCAGUUUUCGCACAGUGAAGUGCAAGGGAACAAGUGGUUUGCCUGGUGUCCUACCUGUCCUGAACCUGGUCCUGUGGGCCACUGAAAAGUUAGAUCUGUGAUCUCUGGGGUUUUUAUGGCUUUGUUCAGUGCUUCCACUCUAGGGCAGGCAGAGCAGUCUAUACUCUCCCACGCCUGCUUGACCUCCAGGGAGAGCUGAUACAGAGAUCUGUGAAUAUUAUGAUAGAAAUUAUUUGGUAUUCAUACAUUUCACCUGCAAGUCAGCAGUUUCCCAGGUACCAUGUAAGCUAUAAAACAGUCAUUCUUAAAGACACAGGAUAGCUGUGACUCAUGGAAUCAUGAGGUCCAUGGCUGGUUGCAGGUUCCCUUUCUCCUUCCCCAGGUUUUGUCUCUUCCUGUGUUGUCCCCAGCAAGGGAGAGACUGUGGGGUGGAUUGGGAGAACAAAUUAGGAGUAUAGCGGAUGAACCCAGAAUGGAACAGUGGGGGCGCUAACUGAACGAGGAGAGUACCUGCUGCAGGACCUGGAGGUCAGGUGUGAAUGCUGUAUUGGCACAAGGAAUAAAUACCCUGGCCUCUGGAGCCUUUAUCUCUCCAUCAAGUCCUUCCUGUGAUACUGCCAUGGCACAGGAUCUGAGUUGCAGCUCUGCACCUUAAAUCACACCCUAGGCAUUGUCUGGGCUGCAGGGCUGCCACAUUCUGCACUUGUGUCCAGCUGUGGCCCUGGAUGCUGGGGCUGCAGGGUUUUCUGUGCUCAUACUGUAGCCUGUAGCUCUUGGCCUGUGUAGAGUCCCCUCCUGUGCCCCCAGUGGCUGUUGUUUGUCAACAUUAUCAGGAAGAUGGGAAAGGUCAGGCAGAAUUUUUCUGCCCUACAAAGGGUAGAAGAGAAAGGACACAGUAUUUUCAUGAAAUUACCAUAUCUCUUUGUUUUUCUUCAAAGAAAAAGUUAAUUGAGGCAAUGUCAUCUGCUCAAAGUUGAGUGGUUUAUUCACAAUAAACUGUAAGUUUCUGAUUAUAAAAA